AAAUUUUCGAUGUCUUGGGACCGUAUAAAGAAAUCAAAAAGGGUUGUAAUUCAUAUACCAUCAUUAGGUUUGAACCAGGAUAUAAGAGACAGCAUUCAUGAUUUUGGAAUACGUCAAAAUACCCAGAUGUCCAGACUCUGUGAUAUAAGAGAUCCUAAUGUAGACGUGAUAUUUAUAUCACCCGUUCCGCUUAGUGAAGAAACAUUACAGUAUUAUUCUAAACUGCUCGGUUUGAAGUCGGCCAUUGACUCUGGAAACGUUGAAGAUCAGGGCGAGUUUAGUGAGAGAUAUAAAAUUAUAGUUCCAGAGGCAAUCAAAAGUUUUCCUACUCACCGAAUGUGUCUUUCAACACUACUCAAGUACAGUCCGCAAGCGUUGCUACGUGUAAAGAACCUCAUCGUGGGUCGUGAAGCGUACAUGAUGACUAAUAUUCCGCACGUAGAUGACCUUGACAUUGCUCAGUAUCUCAAUGUGCCUAUAUUCGCCCCGGAACCAGAAGUAGCGCAUUUAUACUCUACAAAAUCCGGCUGCCAGAGAAUCUUUGCCAGUGCUAAUGUUGAGACGCCACCUGGUGACCAUGAUGUGUACACAAUGGGUCUGUUACAUGAAUGCCUGGCACAGUUGAUUACAGAAAAUCUUAACGUUAAACGAUGGUUGUUUAAACUGGAUGACGAAUUUGAUGGGCGUGGCAUAGCAUAUUGUGAUGUCACUGAACAUCUUAAAUGUUUUACCUGGGCACUUAAAGAAGAGAAAAGAUAUGGCGACAAAUGGUCUAAGAAAUGGGCGCAGGAACCAGUGUUUAUUAAAAUAUUGGCCGAGAUAGAAGAUGUUUUGAAAGAACAUGCUUGUCCGGUCAAUACAAAAGUUUAUCCCACAUGGGAGAAAUUCCUUCAGUGCUUCCUUAGUCAAGGUGGUGUAAUUGAGGCGUGUCCACCUUCAGACAGUAUUACUACCCUGACAGUUGACAUGUUAAUAGAGCCAAACGGAGUUGUUAGUCUCGUAAGCUGCGGAGAUCAAAUCCACGCUGAAUCUCCAUUCUCCUGUUGGGGCGUGUCUAUCCCACAAUCCUCAGUAGAACCGGAUAGUCUAAAUGUAGCAUGUUACAGCAUAGCAGAAGCAUGUAAGAGAAGGGGAAUUAUGGGAUACUUUGCGAUUGAUUUUGUCACAUUUAUAAAUCCUACUACAAUGGAACAGAAGUUAUGGGCAUUAGAUAUCAGUUUACAAUAUAGCGACAGUCUAGCCAUGUUUUAUCUCAUGUCAUUUGUCAGUAACGGAACUUUGAACACAAACUCACACGUGUUUGACGUUCCACCACCGAAACAGGAGGCCAAAAAACGAAGGCGAAGGUUACAUGGAACUGAUGAAGAUCAACCACCCAACACUAACAGAUUUGGUGUAAUGAGUACACGACUGUUACAUACAAACCUGUCUGUAGUACAUUACAGUGUGUUCUUCCAGAUGUGCCGUGCCCACGGUAUAGGAUAUGAUAUAAAGGAAAAGCAAGGAACAGUGUUUAUGUUGAUAGACAGUUUUAACAGAGAAAAACUUGGCAUGUUAGCAAUAGGUGAAACUUUGCAAGGUGCAUUAGCUAGUUUUGCCCGAAAUAUGUCAGUGAUACACCAAGAAAUUUCCGCCCCAAAUAUGCAAGGGGACACAAACUUUAGUCGUGCAAUAGCUGAUAUUGAGGGAAUUCUGGGAACUACAAUACAGAAUGCUGAUGAAGCAGACGAAGAUACAGAGGAAACAAAUGAAUCAAAAUAGAGAAUCCUGCUGUUACUAUAAAUAGACUAUAUUGUUACUAUAAAUAGAUUAUGAUGUUACUAUUAUUAGAAUAUGCAUUUACCGCCAUGAUUUGUCAGUAGUAGUGACCCUAAUGUGUGUAAAUAGACUUUAUAGAUUUUUAUAGACUAAUCAUGAAUGAUCAAAAUAAUGUGUAUGUAUGUUAGGUGAUUUGUAAAUAAUUUUCACAUUUGUAAAUGUAAAAAAAUAGAAAAACUGUGUUAAUGUAUAUAUAACUGAAAUUUUACUGUUAAUGCUGUAUAUAUGUAAUUGAAAACUGAUUGGAAUUAAGGUAUUUUCUUUGUCUUUCUUUAAUGAUCAUAGAAAUCUACCUUUUAUCAAAUAUUUUCAUAGAACGUACAUGAUUAAAGAUGAGUCACCAGUGAAGAUUAAUUUGUGGCUCUUCACUCGGAGACAGUGGGGGUCAUGACCCUAUUUUCUUGAAUGACACCAGUACUAUAUUGGUAAGUUCCAAGUAGCAAUUUGGAAAUAAUUGAUACAAAUUGCAAAACUUGGAGCUUGAAAAAAUUACUAUUAUUUAAAGUAAACAAAUUAUACAUAAUUAUGUAUUUCCAUGGUUGAUUGUAAACAAAGAUUAAGGUCCUUUUUACAUUAAAAAGGAAGUCAGAUAUUAAUCAUCAUAAAAAUACUGUAUAUUAGGGGUUUUUUUUGCGAGUAUCUAAUUUUGGCAUGCAGUGAAUAUCGUGAAUAAUUGAUUUGCCUUGAAUUUUCCUUCAUUUUAAUACAGGGUUUUUGCAAAUUGUGAAAACAAUAAAUCUCUGACAAAAAGACUGGCAGAAAACCGUGAAAAAAUGAAAUAUAUA